UUGAAUGUGGAUAGUGGAGUGUGGGAGGAAAAAGGGCUGAAGGAGGAGUGUGUUGGACUGCUUCAGAGGGACUCGAGAGGUGGAGAGAAAAUUAUAAAGCGGACAGGAAAAAAAAAAACAUCCUCGAUUUAUUAACACGCAAAGAUUUUUUUUUUAAAUUUCGUUUUGCAAUAACAAAUCGGGGAAAAGUUAUCAGGAACCGCCGCUGAGAUUUCCUCCCUCUCUAUCUCUCGCUCUCUCUCGCCAUGGCAGGUGCCGGAGGCGGGGGCAACGACAUGCAGUGGUGCUUCUCACAGGUCAAAGGAGCGAUCGAUGAUGACGUAGCUGAAGCUGAUAUCAUCUCUACCGUGGAGUUUAACCACUCAGGGGAGCUGUUAGCCACGGGAGACAAAGGCGGACGUGUUGUCAUCUUCCAGCAAAACACUGAGAACAAGGCGCAGUGCCGCAGCGACUACAACGUUUACAGCACCUUCCAGAGCCACGAGCCCGAGUUCGACUACCUGAAGAGUCUGGAGAUUGAGGAGAAGAUCAACAAGAUCCGCUGGCUGCCACAGAAAAACGCCGCACAGUUUCUGCUGUCCACGAACGAUAAAACUAUAAAGUUGUGGAAGAUAAGUGAACGUGAUAAGAGACCAGAGGGCUACAAUCUGAAAGAGGAGGAUGGCCGCUGCAGAGAUUCGACCAACAUUACGUCUCUACGGGUGCCCGUGUUCAAGCCCAUGGACCUGAUGGUGGAGGCGAGCCCUCGGCGUGUGUUCGCCAACGCUCACACUUACCACAUCAACUCCAUCUCUGUAAACAGCGACAACGAGACGUACCUGUCCGCUGACGACCUCCGCAUCAACCUGUGGCACCUGGAGAUCACUGACCGCAGCUUCAACAUCGUGGACAUCAAGCCGGCCAACAUGGAGGAGCUGACAGAGGUGAUCACAGCGGCUGAGUUCCACCCGCACCAGUGCAACACCUUCGUCUACAGCAGCAGCAAAGGCACCAUCCGCAUGUGUGACAUGCGAGCCUCCGCCCUCUGCGACAAACACUCCAAACUCUUCGAGGAGCCAGAAGACCCCAGCAACCGCUCUUUCUUCUCAGAAAUCAUCUCUUCCAUCUCGGACGUGAAGUUCAGCCACAGCGGCCGCUACAUGAUGACCCGAGAUUACCUGUCCAUCAAGAUCUGGGACCUGAACAUGGAGAACCGGCCAGUGGAGACCUAUCAGGUUCACGAAUACCUCAGGAGUAAGUUGUGCUCGCUCUAUGAAAACGACUGCAUCUUCGACAAGUUCGAGUGCUGCUGGAGCGGGAACGACAGCGUGGUGAUGACGGGCUCAUACAACAACUUCUUCCGCAUGCUGGAGCGCACGCAGCGGCGAGAUGUCACCCUCGAGGCGUGCCGCGAGAGCUGCAAGCCGCGGCAGGUGCUCAAGCCGCGGCGCGUGUGUGCGGGCGGGAAGAGGAAGAAGGAUGAAAUCAGCGUGGACAGCCUGGACUUCAACAAGAAGAUCCUGCACACGGCCUGGCACCCGAACGCCAACAUCAUCGCCGUGGCAACCACCAACAACCUCUACAUCUUCCAGGAGAAGGGCAACUAGGAGAGACCAACCUCACACACCUCUGUCUGCGUGCGUGCGUGUGUGUGUGCGUGCGUGCGUGAGUGAGUGUGUGUGUGUGUGGAGGAAAAAAAAAGUUAAAGAAGAACUAGAGAAAAUAGUUUUUGUGACAACCAUCACCACUACUGUCAUCAUCUGUAUCAUCACCACCACCAUGAGGACGGGGCGGGCCGAACCGGCGCCGUCACUCUGUACCGAGUCAGCCGUGACACACGCCGUCCACUCUGAGUACCCACAAUCCUCUCCUCUUACCCGUCAGGCCUGGUUACACGGCCAUGUUGGCCACAGGUUCUGAAAUGUCAGCCUUGUUUCAUUUUUUUUUUUUUUUUUUUUUGUAUUCGUCGAACCCUUCAAACUGAGAAUGUGCUGAUGAUCAGAUCCGCAAUACAAGGCAAUAUUCGCAUACGUCGUCAUCGUCGUUAUCAACGUUGUACAUUUCACACACGAUCCCAUAAUUGUGUGCGCGCGCUCUGAGGAUUCCAGCUGCCUCCGCAAUAUGAUUCUGUAUUGUAAUAAAAUAAUAAAAAAAAAUAUUUCCUAUCAGCACAUUCCUAAUUUGAACUCCCGACUCCUGUGUUCUUUACACCUCAGCUCUUUUUGUGCCAUUAAAGUUUUUUUCUUUUUUAUCUUCUCAGUGAAAUUGCCAAGUUGUUUUAAUUCUGUUUAAAGAAUUUAUUUUAUUUUUUUUGCUCAAUAAAUUCUCCUCAAUACUGUACUCAUUCAGCCAUUCAUUCUCCAAAAUCCCUAAAACAUGCGCACAUACUCAUGCCUACUCACACACAUAAAGAACACCAAAAGAAAGGCCGGUCUCGGCACCAACGACGAGCCCGUGGCAGUAUUGUAGUCGUGUGUGUGAUUUUGUUCGCCACCGUCUGUCCUCCACAUGAUCCAACAGACUGAUGAACUCUUGUUGUAAUUUUUUUUUUUCUGUUCCCGCCUCUCUGUCUGUCUCUCGUUGCAAGCUGAGAAAGAUUAUAGAGAUUAUGAUGAUGGAGGGAGAAAAAAAAAUGGUAUUUAUAAACUGAACAAACAUUA